UAUGGGAGGAUAAGGCAGAAAUGUUGAAAAGAGAAAGUCAGUAUUAAAUUUUUGAAACUUGUAGUUUAAAAUCUAGAAUAGUAAAAGAUAUGGAUAAUAGUUUUAAGCUGCUAGUUCAGGUGUAUUGGAGUUUUGUGCAAAUACAAUUUCAAGAGAUGCUUUGAAAAAGAAAUAUCUUGCUUUCAAAUGUCUUAUUCAUAUUUAUAAAAGAAUAUUUAAAUUAGAUUAUGAUAAAGUUUAGAUUAGAUUUAUUUAAAGUCUAGCUUCUUAUUCAAUUAUUAGUUAUCUAUUAUAAAUUAAAGAUAGAUUUAAUGGUAAUAUUAUGAUUGAUAGUAAAGGGAGAAUAAUUCAUAUUGAUUUUUGA